CUUAUUUUGCUUUUAAAAAAAUAAACUACAUGUGUAUUGUGUUGUAGAGUCACAUCAAACAAGUGCCUAUUUCGAAAUUGAAAGAAACUUUGGGUGCUUGUUUGGAAAUUUUACAGAUAUUUUUUUUGCUUUUCCAUCCCAUCCCUCUUCCCAGCCACACAACUUUUCUUCUCUCUUUCUUUUCCUUCUGCAGAAACCAACAACCCACUUGUUACUUUUAUUCUUUCUCCCUCUCUCUGUACAAGAACCAAAAAAAAAAAAGGGAAGAAUAGGAAGAAGAAGAAGACGCAGGAAGCAGAAGAACCAGGAGAAGAAGGAACCCCCACCCCAUCUCACUUGUGCUCUCCUUCUCUCUUCUCUCUGACGUUGUCUUUUUCUCGCUCUGCAAUCUCAACUCUUCGAAAUUGGUCAUGAAGCGCCAAACUUGCCAAGGAAGGAGAGUCAUUCGACGCCUGGUUGGCUAGAUCGUGAGUUCUUAACGCCGAUCUUAUUUCUCCGAAUCUGUUCGUUUAUUUUUCUGUUUUUCUUUGUUCUCUUCCUUGGUUAGAACGUCCUUCUGGAUCGAUGAAGGGAUGGGAAGGCUUCAUCGGCAAUGGACGUCGGUAAUGGUCCCAGCAACGAGUGACGAUCAUUUUUUUUUUUGUUGCAUAUUGUCCUUUUUUGGAUUUUUUGUUUGGUUUUAAUUCUUACUUCUUGUCAUCUUUUAUUCAUGGGUUUUCGAUCAGGAAGAAGGAAGUGAUUCGUCUACACUCAUGCCAGAAGAAACAUGCCAUGUCGCCGGCGGUGGGACUGCUGUCAACCGCGACCAAGGUGCUUUUCGAGUUCGGAUACUGGCCAGGAUAAUGGAGGAGCUGCUGCCAAUGUAGAUUUCCAAAGGCAGCAGAGCCAACGAGGGCUACCCACUGCUCUUUGCGAUUGUCAGCCGGCGACUUGCUUAGCUUAUUGCAAUAUUGCAAUAACAAGUCAAUGAUGAACAUUCCUGAGGGAGAAGGAGGAAGCAGCUGAGUCUACCAUGAAAGCUUUGGUGUUGGUGAUCUCCUCUCUCUAUUUCUUCUGUUUUUAGUUUAGUUUUCUUCUCUUUGCGUAGAUGGUUUAGAGGUCUUGAAUACUUUUUUUUUAUGAUUGGUCAUUAGUUCCACCUAUCACGCUACACAGUAUACUUUUUACUCUAUUGGUUUUAGCACGGACUAGCCUCGACUCCAAAUCCUUUUAUGCUAAGAUUCCUAUGUUUGGUUUCCCUUACAGAUCAAGUCGAGUUGGUACUCUUGCUCGGUUGGACCAUCAGGUGAGUCUCCAUUAACAUGCUAUGGGGCGUGGGGAGAAUGGGGAUUCCUUUCAUUUUUGUUGUUUUCCCCUGAACCCUAUGCAUUUUAGCGGGGGAUAUCACUACUUGAAAACUUCUUGCAUACUGUUUUGCGUCUCCAGUAGGCUGAGCUGUAUAUUUUUUUACUUCUUAAAUGACAAAGACUUUGGAAAUCACACGGACAAAGGUGUUGGGGAUUGAUUAUUUCAGUACUUGAGGUUGUAUCGUUCUGUUCAUUACGUGCAUACAGUCAUAUAACUAGGGUGAUGCAAAUGAGGGGACUUGAGUAGAAUGCAUUUUCAUUAAAGUUCUCAUCAAUGUUAGCCAUUGAUGUUGCAUAUUUCUAUGAAUCCAUCACAGGGGAUGAAAAGUGAAUGGGGUUUUUUUCUUUUCAGUUGUAGGUGUAACUAUAUUUUCCCUUUGCAUCCUUCCAACCGAGGAGUGAUAAGUCGGCUUGGGGUGGGUCUCUUCAGCCCCCUUCUAUGGAAAUGUCAAGCGUCGACGGGGAGACAACAUUAAUGGCCAGGGAGGAUGACGGGUAACAGAGAGAUGAGGAUUUUUUGCCUCUGCCAACACCGUAACUGUCCGUUGCAGGUAAUCGCUUUCUGUCUCUUUAUUUUACUGGUUCUAGCUAGAAAUUACAGCUUUUGCCUGCUUUAAACUGUAUAUCUAACCAAACUUGAGCAUUGUGUCUAAUUAGUCAAAGUUGCUCCCUUGAAUUUUACUUUCUGUUCCCGUGUUUGAUCGCAUGCUCCCUGUGCUGGGUUCAUAGGGUCUAUGUGAAAGUACUCAGUUGAGUUGGUGAUAUUUUGCAGGUAUGGAACCAAUGCCAGUUGAGCCAUUGGAGGAGUGUAGGCCAGCAGAUGUCUACAUAGAGAAACAGGACCAAUCUGCAGCAAGAAGCUGAUCAGAUCCCUCUUAUGCUUGCAAUUUAGUGACAAGGUCAGCUCCUUAAUGCAAACUCUUUUGUUAUGUCCACGCCCUUUUCAUAAACUGUUCUGUUUUACUAAAAUUCACUCGAUCCUGCUUAUGAAAUUUGAUGUGCCAAAUCAAUUUUACUUCCUUCUUGGGGUUGUCCUUUGCUGAUUUAUCCGUACAGUUCUACGGAAACACAUAUUGCAUUUCUUGCGAUAAAUACCUUUCGAAAUUUCCUCAAACUGAACUCCAAUGUGUUCAUUUUCCCUCUUGAUCGUCGGUUGUUGUUGAGUUGUUCUUAUCAGCCUAUCAUGCACCUAAAGGCCUCAGGGUCAUGCACUUAUGCUGUUGUUCAGCCUGUGCCCUAUUUGUUGUAAAUUGAUAGAACUUAGGUUAAACUUUGCUGCAGUUUUGUUCUUCGAUUUUAAACUUCUCUUUGCAAAUCCAAUGUAUUUUUAUGGUAUCAGUUCCCUUCAUUCCUUACCUAUCAAUUAAGUUCAUAUCUUGAUCAGAUCCUGAGAUUUAGUUCCUGUGUAAUCUCGCUUGGUGUAUUUGCAUUUAAUCAUGAACUUUGUAUAUAGUUUCAUGGUCUAAGCAAUAUGAAAUCAAAACUAUGCGUCCAUCUAAUGCUACAGGUUUUAUGUUACAGGACUUCUGUGAUGCUGCAGUUCAGCAGCAAGCUCGAAAGGGACGGAGUCAGAGAAAUAGGCUAAUAAAUAAAAGAUAUCGUCUAAUGGUAGAAUGGAAUGAACAAACUGGGGGAGUAAUAACAUGCUUUUAUAUGUGCUAAGUUAUUCUGUGCAAUUCAGUAAGUAUGUUAUCUAAUUUAUUUGGGUCUCCGGAACCCUUUGCAAUUAUAUGCUUCUCAUAUCAUAGUUGUCCAUUUGCCAAAAUUUAAUUCCUCGGUGGAGAGUAGGUCUGCUAUAAUUUGUCUCCAAUUCCAUGAUGUCAUUGCUUUGGAUUUCUUCCUUUCUUGGCUCUAUUGUGUCCCCUCUUGCCGAUUAGUUUGGAGGUUUUAACUUAGAACUUCUAUUUAUUACCUCUCUGUACGUGGCAGCAAGUUAUUCUAAUCCGGUUCAUCUAGCUAGCUAACACAUAAUGAAUGUCACUGUGUUUGCUCUGCUUUAUUUUUAAUCCGGUUAGAGGACACUCGCAUGCUAUGCUUUUGCAUCAUGCUUCUUUGACACUGUUCGACUUGAGAUUCGUGUUUCCCUUUCCUGUGAUGUGUUGCUCAUUCUAUAUUUUUGGUUACAGUUACUUUGCUUUUCUCCAAAUGAAACAUUGACAUAUACGAGUUCAAACAGGUUGCUGAAACAAAUACCGAUAACCUUUGUAUAUUUAAGGCAACUUAUGGUUGCUGCACUAUGGUAAAGAGAGCUCUACGAUUAGACUUGGUUUAUUCUGCAAUUCUUUUCAUUAAAGGCAGACCAUGACACUGUAUGUUGUGUUUCAGUAGGGUCUCUGUAAUCUUUGUUUCCAUCUCUCAGUACACACGUGAAUGUUAGGUUAUGUUGAAUGUUAAGUUCAGUCGGCUUUACGUCUUUAUGAAUUUAUUUUAUUUUUACUUAAUAUUAGCUGGUUCCGCCUGUCUACAUAGGAUCUCUCUAUGUGUGGUUGGUUUCAUCCUUUCUUGAAUCCUACUGCCACAUGAGAGCUGAGUUUUGGGUUUGAUGGGAAGGAAGAUUAGAAGAUUACACCAGGAUCCUUAACUCUCUUAAACUCAGUGGGAGAGGUUAAGUCAGCAGCUAAAUUGCUUCAAAAUCUUGGUUUGCUCUGUUUUGGUUUUCGUUCAUUGUUUUGGCUGCUCAGGGGUUUCGAUUUUUUUACCAUUCUCAUUUGAAUCGUUUUUGUUUCCUUUUGUUACUCUUACAUUGUCGACAAAGAUGGAAUGCUUUCGUCAUGGGAAUCAUUGUGAAGAAGCUAAGAAAGAAAGCAGGUAAAAGAGGUGCCCAUAUUCGUAUAUUUUGUUCUUCUGUGAUAUGGAUGCGAGCCUAGAAUUGGUUGUCAUGCUUGCCUGCACAUAACUGAUUUCCAGCUUUGUUUUCAACAAGAACCCGCAGAUUCAUAGGGUUCUUAUACAUUGAUUCAGUCCUCUAACAUUUUGUUGCCCAGUGAUUCAUCAUAGGCAAGUUUGUGGAGAUAGUUACAGUUGUGGGUGAAGUUUUUAGUCUGCCUAGCUUCUUAGAUCGUGUUGUGCCUAACAUCCACGUGGUUAAUCCUGUUCUUUUGCCUAUCAGUUUAUCUUACUUUGUUUAUAUGUCUCUCAUUUAUUUUAAAUUGUUUGUGUUGUGUUCGAGGCAAGCUUACUCAUUAAGUAACCUGUUUAGCUAUUAUGUAGUGAAAAUUAAGAAAUCGAGUUUAUUAAGAUAAGAGCUAUAACUCAUCGCCUUCAACAUUUCUUGAUAGUGUUAAUAAAUUGGAUUGUGUAUGCUGAUUGUUCCAUAUUAUAUAGGUGGAUCAUCUGUGGGAUAGAGAAUCUUCACUCAGCCCGGUGCAAGAGAGGUCAUUAACACUAGGAUCAAGAGCGACAACAGGGGGACGGGUGGUGCUGAGGGCCUAUUCCACGAUGGGGUUGGUUGUGAUUUGAUUUUGCCUUCCAAGUAAUCCCUUAUCAAACUUUCAGGUAUGUGUACUCCCAAUUAUUUAACGUUUAUAGAAGCUUUUGGUAUCUACAAAUAAUACUUUAGUUGCGUUCCGGUUUGUUCGCUUACAACCGCUUCUUUCCCGCGUUGCAUAGAUGUUCCAUUUUUGCCACAGUAGCAUUGAUAUGAUCGGCUUUUGCCUCUUUUAUGUCCCAAUAUGAGAUUGGAGCUUCUCUUCAUUUUGCUGCUCAAUUCAGUUCUUAACUCUCUCAAAUGUUGCCUUCAGCUGCCCUCUACGGUACUUGAGGUUUUAUUUUAAAAUAUAGAGCAGCUCUCAAUGAUUGAAUUUUUAAGAUUCUACAGGUAUUUAACUAUUUAUGUGGCACAUAAAAGGUUGAGUGAGGAAAUGUUUGGUUUUUUUUUAUUUGUAUGGAUCUUUAGUAGUUUUUACAGCUUAAUGUUUUUCGACUCUAAGAAAUGGUGUGGGCCUGUGCACUUGUAUUUUGGUUUAAUUAGUUUUAAUAUCUACCUACCGGUUUUGGUUUACAGAUCGAUUUUCAUUUGGCUUUCGAUUUAAUGGGAAGUGGCGCUGUGGCAGUGGAACGGGGUGGCGAUGGUGCAUAUAUUGGAUUUCAAUCACCGUUUAUAAAUUGUUAAGUUGUGUUUUUUAUAACUUAGUCCUAGAGCCAAAGCGUGUUAGUUUGGUGAAACUCAAAUUCUUUUUGAUUAGUAAGAUGUUGCCUUACAUAUAUAUACACAUGUUCAUGAUAGUUACUCCUACUCAUUCUGUAAGUUGAAUUGCUAUAGUGUUUCAAUCCGUUGUUUUUGCGGCCAGUUGUUGGCUCCGUGGUGUAAAGAAUAUGAAUUGUUUGUUUGUAUUGACGUGACCGAGCUGUUGUCGGACAUGUUGGACAGCAGGAGAAUCGACGCUGAUCAUGGGCGCCGAACUUCUAGGCUGCAACGAAGAGCUAGGGUUUCGGGGUCAAAGCUGUAGGGAAUGUGAAUCGUGUGUUUGUAUUGACAUUGAGAAGGGGCAUUUAUAGCCACAAUGUAAGAGGUUCAUGUAGGACAAGGAAACUUAAGACAACAUGAAUAAAGACUUAUCGCUAAU